AUGUCAGAAGAAAUAAUUAAUAAAGCUAAAAGCCAUCUGGAUAAUAUCUCCGUUGAAGUGAUAUCUCAAGGUGCAGAAGCUGUCGUAUUUACUACUACCCAGCAUCCAUAUUUACCAACACAAAUCAAGCCAAAACUAGUGAAACAUACAGAAAAAUACAUCAUCAAAUUUAGACCACCUAAAAAAUAUAGACACCCAAUACUAGAUGCCCAAUUGACCAAAAGACGAACAUUAGCUGAAGCUAGAAUUUUGCAAAGGUUGACCACCAUCCCUGAAGUCCACACACCUAGCAUCUUGGCAGUUGAUCCUAGAAAUGGUAUAUUAUGGAUGGAAUACAUAGGGGAGCCUUUGCCAAACGGUAAGCUAAGUUCUUUGAAAAACUGGCUAUGGCAGUACAAUGAAGAUGGAUCUUCCGCUUUAUCAAGUGAUGUAAAGACUAUUUUGGAAAGCGUGGGGAGAGAGAUUGGUUCAUUACAUUUGAAUGACUUGAUUCAUGGUGAUCUUACAAGCUCAAACAUUGUUUUACAGAAAAGCGUUGAUAAUGGUACUUUGGAAGCAUUUUUGAUUGAUUUUGGGCUAGGCUCAGUUUCCACAGUAGUUGAGGAUAAAGCCGUCGAUCUAUACGUGCUGGAAAGAGCCAUUUUGAGUACUCAUCCUUUAUAUUCUGACCACUACAACAAAUGGUUGCUAGAAGGUUAUUCAAGCGUUUAUACAGGGAAGCAAAACUCCAAAAAGUUGAAAGAAGUUCUUAAUAGAUAUGAAGAUGUCAGAAUGAGAGGUAGAAAAAGAAGCAUGCUGGGUUAA